CGUGGAAAGUCACACCCUGUUACCCGCGGUACAAGACGUCCAGCACUCAUGGACCCAGAAGGAUUGCACCGAGAAGGGUUUAGCGACGAAGCGCCACUGUUCAGCAUUUAUAUUCGCAAGGGUGGCGUACGACGGGAUGAGGGUGACGACAAAGCAGGGACUUCCCCAACGUCUCGGCGCGCAUCAAUCGACGAUAAUAGCAAGAAUGGCAAGGACCUGGACAGCGACGAUCAUCCCACCGAUCCUGCCAAUGAUCCCUUAGAGAAAGAAGUCAUGCCAGUUGGUGGCAGUGCCUGCGGGCGUAUCGCCGCAUGGGCCAGAGAGCUCCGAGAGACGUUUGGGUUACCGUUCUUGUCGAUGAUCGGCACAGUAUACUUUGUCCAAGGGUUCAACAGUUUUAGCUCGUUCGCGUUGGGGUACUUGAUCAAAGACGUGAUGAAGCUACAACCAGCGGACUCCCAAGCAGUCAUGACGGCAACUGGCAUUCCAUGGGGUAUCAAACCCGUGUACGGGAUCCUCUCAGACAGUCUACCGCUCUUUGGAUACCGGCGCAAGUCGUACCUGGUAAUGAUGAACAUGGUCGGCAUUGCCGCGUUCUACAGCCUGUACUCGAUCACUCCCGACUCGCCCGUGGCGUUCCUGAUGCUUGUCUUGGUUGCGUCCAGCAUGACCACUGCGGUCAGCGACGUCAUCAUUGACGCGUUGGUCGUCGAGCGCGCUCGACUUGACCCCACGAACGGGGCUACAGACCUGCAGUCGCUGACGUGGAGCAUGAUGUCACUUGGCGGCAUCCUCGGAUCACUCCUCGCUGGGCCAACUACGAGCUACCUCGGCCCCAACAUGGUGUUCUUGCUCGCGUCCGUAGGCCCCAUCACGCUUUUCUUCCUCUCGUGCUCGAUGUCGGAAGCCAAAGCCACGACACACUCAAACAAAUCAUGCACCCAGGUCGCUCGGGAGCAAGUGCGAUUGUUGAUGCAAGCACUACGCGUGCCUGUCGUGUGGCGGGCAGCGUUGUUUCUGUUUGCCGCGACGGCUAUUUCGCCAUCGUUCGGUCAGAUUCAAUUUUACUUUGUUACGGAAGAACUCCAUUUCUCGGAAGAAUUUCUAGGCAACAUGAAUGCUUUGGGAUUUGUCUUCUUGAUGGUCGGCACGAUUGUGUAUAACUCGUGCUUCAAGAACGUACCGUUCCGCACCAUGUUCUUCCUUGCCCACAUCGGCCUCGCCCUUGUGUCGCUGGCCGAAGUUCUCCUUGUGACUCGGCGCAACUUGGACCUGGGUAUCCCCGACAAGUGGUUUGUCAUCGGCGACGCAAUCAUCUCGGACAUCAUUAGUCGCUUGAAGACGAUGCCACUGCUCGUGCUGUGCGCCAAACUUUGUCCCAAGGGCAUCGAAGGCACAUUCUUCGCGCUCUUGAUGUCGAUCACCAACAUGGGGUGGACUGCGAGCUCGUUUUGGGGCGCGGCCUUGUGCACGCAUCUCGGGAUUGCCCGGAGCUUGUAUGGCAAUCUUUGGAUUGCCAUCGUCAUCCGAAGUGUGAUGAAGGCCGUGCCGAUCAUGUUCCUCUUCCUCCUCCCAACGAUUGACCCCCAAGAUGAAGUCGAAGCCAUGACGUCCAACGAGGAUGAUAACUUGAUGGACAACCGCUCAGUGGACAGCCGGACCACCGCCACCAUGACCGACAUCGAAAUGGACGACCCCGUGGAACAGGAUGAGUUCUUGGCCCAAAAGGCGCGCUCAUGAGAAAUUCGGGUCAGUUUACACACUCGGGUGAUGGAUAUUGGCAUUGGGCAAAUUGAUUCUUUGCACCGUCAGUCCCUACAUGACACCUUUGCCAUGGCUUCGCGAACUCGCCCGAUUUGCCUCAGUGCAAUGUGGUGUAUUUGAUGUUGAUGCGCGUUCAUCGUAAUUUGGCACCUGACGGACGCCCUUAUGCGCCACUACUUUCCAACACCGUCUGCAGGUUUUUCAUGAAACUGAGGGUCUGAAUAAUUGUACGGAAUCAUCCUCAC